UCCACCUUUAUUCUCAGGGGUUAGCUGGGAAGAAAGAAAUGGAUGAGAAAGAAUCUGUAUAGUAUAGGGGACCAUAUAUAAGUCGUGGACGCUCAGCGAUCUUUAAACAUCUUCUUGAGAGAUCAGGGUGGAUUUGCAUCAGCCUCGAAGCUAGUUCAAACUAGUGGGAGGUUGUUUGCAAGGGAAAAGAAACUAGCUUGAAAAUUAGGAAGAGAAAAAAAAAAUCACCAAGAAAGAAGGAAAACUUAGUCCAAUAUAGCUGAUCAAUGGCUCGAGGAAAGGUUCAGAUAAAGCGUAUAGAGAAUCUGGUGCACAGGCAAGUUACCUUCUGCAAGCGCCGAGCUGGGUUCCUUAAGAAGGCUAAGGAGCUCUCUGUGCUCUGUGAUGCUGAAAUUGGAGUUUUCAUUUUCUCCGCCCAUGGAAAGCUCUAUGAACUGGCUACCAAAGGAAGCAUGCAAGGGCUUAUUGAGAGGUACAUGAAGACCACCGGAGGAUCUCUGCAGCCUGACCUAUCCAAAGAGACGCAGCCUCUAGAUGCAAUAGAGGAGAUCAACAUGCUGAAGAAAGAAAUUGAGAUACUCCAAAAAGGAGUCAAGUACUUGCUUGGAGGGAGGUCUGAGGAAAUGACAAUGGAUGAAUUACUAAUACUAGAAAAAAAUCUUGAAAUUUGGAUUUGCCACAUCUGUUCAACAAAGGUAUCAAAAUUUAAUUAA